GGAAGAAAUGAAAUCACUCCAGGAGGCCUUUCAAAAACAGCUUCAUGAAGCAACUGAAAAGGCAGAAAAACAGCAGGCUACAAUUAACUUCUUGAAGACUGAAAUGGAGAGGAAGAGUAAAAUGAUCAGAGAUCUCCAAAACGAGAACAAAAGCCUGAAAAACAAACUCCUGUCUGGAAGCAAGCUUUGUGGUAUUCAUGCAGAAGAGUCAAAAAAGAUCCAAGCCCAACUGAAGGAACUUCGCUAUGGGAAAAAGGAUUUGAUUUUUAAGGCACAGCAGCUUACAGAUCUGGAGCAAAAACUAGCAAUUGCAAAAGAAGAACUGGAAAAGGCUUCUCUGGACAAAGAGUCACAGUUGAAAGCUCUGAAGGACACAGUACAUCUCUGCCUGUCUUCAGUAUUGCACAAUCAGCCUUCCACUACAAAUAUAAUUCCUUCAAGACCAACUGAGAGACAGACAUCCUCCGUUACAAAUGGUUCAAAAGUUCCAUUCCAAGUGACAAACACCAAGCAAAGAUCUCCUUCAGACAAAGAGACUCUUCAGGUUUCUUCAAGAAAAGAAGAUAAUCAAAGUGCCUGGGAAUGCAAUUCUCAAGAUGUACGCAAAGCUUGUUUAGGAAACCGAAACAAUUCAAGCUCUCUGCAGCUGACACUGGCAGAAACAGACCCAAAUGUUCAGAAGUCACACAGUCCUCCAUGGAUUAAACCUGGGAUUAAAAAAUCAGUGGAGAGAAAAGAAAGCAACCCUGAUGAACGAGCUAAAGUCAAGGAAAAGACGAAUUAAACAUCAUCCUGCUAUCUUUAAAAUGUUCUUCAUUUGCUAUCGUCUUCAUCUUUUUAGUCCAGAGGCAUGAAAACAUACCAGGUUUCU